CUACACAGACUAAAACAUAAGUUUAAACAUGCUUUUUUUUCAAAGCAUACUUUGCCCUCUUCUUUCCGCCUUGGACUGCUCCUCACCUUGUUGAAAUAUAGCAAGUCAGAAUUGACUCCUCCCUUGUCCAAGACCGUUGUUGAUUUGAAGUUGUCUAGAUUUACAAAAGGAAAGCGCUUAAUCUAAUGAAUCAAAGGGGUUACCCCAUUUGCUUCCAACGGUUAGUCUCUGCUCGCUAUAUAUAUUCAUAGGAGGUUGUUGAUUGAGGGUAAGUUUGUGGGAAAGAAGCUUUGUGGUAUAGGACUAAGCUUUACAAAAGGAGUGACAAGUAUAGAGGUAGAGGAUCUAUCUUGUUGUGGCUGAAACAAAUCAGGUUGUGAUCUGGGUUGUUCACUGUUUCCCAUCUUGUUCUUUUUCAUUCGUAGUAUAGAUUGUAAUUGUGUUAAUCGAGUAAAAAAAUCAACAAAGGGUCUCCAGACUGUAUUCUGGGACGUGGAAGUACACUAUUGCACUUGGGCGAACCACGUUAAAAAGGUCUUGUAUUUGCUGCUUUUUGCACUUUUAUUUCUGCUCUAUUUCUGCUCUGUUUUUCCUUCUCUGUCGAUCUACUACUGGAUUGGAAAUUCUUCUGCUUUAAGCUAAGAAGUGAGACUGGACUAAAAGCCCUGUCUAAUUCUUUUGCCUUCAGUCUCAACCAAGGUUCAAUAAGGCGCUAGGCGUAAUGCGAGCGUUGACGCUUUGCCUAGCGCCUAACUCGGUUAGGCGUUGAAUAAGCAUGCUUAGGCGUUGGAAGAAAAAUAGUUAUUCGCACUACAUGAUUAAUGAAAUAAUAAUCUUCAACACUUUCUCACUUUAGUUAAAAUUAUUAAUAACUUUCUCAAUACUUAAUGACAAGAACAUAGCUCACGAAUUCAUAGAAUCAUAGCUCAAUAGUUGACAAAAGUUCUUGAGCUAUUAAAAAUAUUGAUAUAGAAAAUUGAUUUCAUAAUUGACGUUAAUUUUCUCCUUUAUUAUUGACUUCCUACUUUCAUCUACCAAUAUUCAGGACAGAUUUAUAUGUCGAUUUACUCCAUUGACGUGUUUCAGUAUUUAAUUAGCUAGGCACGAAACCGCUAAACAAAACGUUUUGCUAUUACCUUACGACCAGACGUGCCGAAGCGUAUGCCUUUUUAACCAUCGACUCUCAGCAGAUCGUUGGCAUUUUAUUUGCUUGGGUCUGUUUAAUUCUUAGGCCCACUCUCUUUGCUCCUUGGCUGACUGAUAUAGCGAACAGAAGAAAGCCUUUUAGCUUUUCUCUUCUCGAUUCAAUUUGCUGUAUCAUCAAUUCAUCAGUCUUCCCUUUUCACACCUCUGUUAUUUUCGUUGUUUAUUGUUCUGGGAAACAGUAGCCCACUACUGUCCACGUGUGUUCAUUGCAUGUCCUCCAGAACUUGAGUCAUUAUCAACAUCUGUCCUCUUCCCCUUUUCUUUUGUGGUAUGGUAACAUCUCUUUCUCUCCCGUCAAACCCGUUCACUUAACUUAACCUCUUCCAAAUUCCAUCCAACCCAUCUCUCUCUCUCUAGCAGUCACAUAGUUAAGCCAUGGCUAGCAGCGCCGGCAGCUACCCGAGGCCCAACUACACCCCAUCUCCCGCAGCCUUCCUCCACAGAGUACAGGGCUGGAUCCGCCGCUUCGCUCUGCCCACCAACGCCGCCCCGUCGUCGCAGCUCCUCGGCCUCCUCACCCUCCUCAUCACCGGCUCCAUCCUCCUCUUGCUCACUGGCGUCACCGUCACGGUCGCCUUCCUCACCCUCAUCUUCCUCGCCCCGCUCCUCAUCGUCACCAGCCCGCUGUGGGUCCCGCUCGCGGCGUUCGCCUUCGUCCUCACCGCGGGGUUCGUCGCGCUGGUCGCAACGGCGGGCGGGCUGGCGUGGGGGUACAGGUACUACAGGGGCAUGCACCCGGUCGGGUCGGACCGGGUGGAUUAUGCUCGGAGCCGGAUAUAUGAUACGGCGGCACAUGUCAAGGAUUAUGCGAGGGAGUACGGCGGGUACUUGCAGAGCAGGGUGAAGGAUGCUGCUCCUGGUGCUUGAUUGAACGGACUGUGCGAUUCGGGGGGUUUUGGAUUUUGAUUUGUGAUUUUAGGGGCCGGUUCGACCGACGUUGGCGGGUUGGUUGCUAGAAUGGUGUCGGGUCGGGUCACUUGGUUUUUCACUAACCUUUUUAUUUUAUUUUAUCAAUGUUGCAGUUGUCCUGGUAAAUUUGUGGAGAGUUUUUGUAUCCCUUCCAUGAUCUGUUUUCAUUUCUCUUAUUUUUCUUUUCUAUAAGAAAAGUUUGUGCUUUACUCUGUUGCUUUCUAAGCAUUGGGUCGGAGGUCGGACUGACAUUGUUGGUCAUGUGAUCCGAUCUGAUCUGAUCCAUAAGAUAAUGUAGUCGAAAGCCGAUUUAGAUGCAUAGGUUUGACUUUUGAGUGAGCUUAUGCAUCAAAACUAGGGAUGCAUAGGUUUGAGUGAGCUUAGGCUCGCUGUUCGCGAGCGGUUCGGUGUUCGACUUGAGGAAAGUUCGUUCGAAAUUCGGCUCGUUAAUAAAUGAGCCGAACAUAAGCUAAACUUUCUUCAACUCGUGAAGCUCGCGAGCUAGCUCGACUUGGUGGCUUGUUGAGCUAAACUUGUGAGUUGGCUCGUUUAGAGCUCAUGAUAUGUCUCAACAUGUGGUUAGAGAGCCAACUCGAUUAUCGACUUAUGGAUUAUCGACUUAUGGACGAAUCAAUUUAUAUCUUAUGUUUUUAAUUCAUAUGGUUGUUAAAUUAUAUAUUUCAUCAUAUAUAAAGUUUAAAACGUUGAGUAUGUGAGCAAAUAUAUCUUAGUUUUUACUUUAAAAAAAUAUGCAUCAUAAAUUGCUUCGUUACUAUGAAAUAACAUGAUUUGGAGUAGUUAAAAUUUAUGGGUUAAUUACAUGGUUGGUCACUGAGAUUAUAAAAAAGAUUACAAAAAUAUUUAAAUUCAUUGGUAGUACUUCAGUUUACUGAAACCGUUCACGUUUGGUUACUCUCCAUCAAUUUUUGUUGAUAUGGCAGUCAACUCUCAAAGUUGACCGUUAAUUUAAUGACGUGGCAAUUAAGAAAUUAUUAAAAAUAAAAAAUAUAAAUUUUU